UGCCAUCCUUCAAGUGCCAGAACGCGUUGCGGUUGCUGUGUCGCAUCGAUGCAACCCGUCGAGUACCAGAACGGCACCGCGCCAGUCUUCCAGUAGUCGUCGCCCGUCGUGUAGAUCUCGCUCAGCGAAAUCCCUCUUGCCCAAGUGACCGCGCUGGACGUGAAGAUGCAGGCCUUCGUUUCCAGCGUUCGCACAGACCAAGUACGCCCAAGAGCGCCGGCGACAUGAGCAUGUCCUUCGUCAGGUGGGCGGACCGCACUGCAUAGUGUCGUUCUCCUGUCCCUUGUACGCGAUGGGGAAGAAUGGGAGCGACGUGGCGCCGGAGGUAGCCGACUCAUUCCUCAUGGCCGACAAUUUUUCGCCGAUCGUGCAUGGAGUCGAACAGGGGCGGCUCACCCUGGACAACCACAACCACAUGCUGGCACGUUUGUCUAUCCAAAAUCUUCCCGGUCGCGCUCAACAUGCGGCGGCACAGUCGACAUCGCAAAUGCGGAGCAUCGGUAUCGAGCUCGGUCCGGCCAUCUCCGUCGCAACGAUUCCAGGCAAUCGUUUACGAUCACGCGCAACACGACCGAAUCGUACGCUUCCCGUCAAUCCUUGAUAAAAGCGUAGCGACGAGUUGUUGCAAAUAGCCACCUGCCCCAACACGGCAAUCGACGAUGAAUAUUGCGAGCGACGCCUUGAAAGUCCUCGUGAGGAGUACGGGGCGGCGGGGCAAUAUGGCCUUGGAGCUGUGGGCAACCUCGUCCUUUCAGUAUCGCUCGAACCUAUACCCAUCUGACUCAAACGUGGAGGUCGUCAUCGCGGUACUGUUCUCGACCGUUCAAGUCUGGAUU